UCGCAGUGAACCUUGAACUCCCUAUAAAGUCGAUCAGGGGUUUUUAUACGGGACAAAAUAAUAGGAAAAGCUUGAUUGCAUCAGAUUUAAUCAACGAAGUUACACGGACUUUAAAAAUGAACGGAAAUAUGAACGCGAAUGCGCUGGAUGUCACCAACCUGAAGAUACAGGAUGUCACGAAAGUACAACAAACAGGUACCUUCAAGGUCAAGGCUGGACUAGCUCAGAUGGCAAAGGGUGGGAUUAUUAUGGACGUGACGACACCGGAAGAAGCUCGUAUCGCCGAGGAAGGAGGGGCAUGCGCUGUAAUGGCUUUAGAAAGAGUUCCAGCUGAUAUUCGCCGUGAAGGAGGAGUUGCCCGAAUGACAGAUCCCAAACUAAUAAAAGAAAUCAUCGCUGCCGUUACUAUUCCUGUGAUGGCAAAGUCGAGGAUCGGCCAUUUUGCCGAAGCUCAAAUUUUGGAAUCGCUAGGUGUGGAUAUGAUCGAUGAGUCUGAAGUUUUGACUCCAGCAGAUGAAGAAAAUCACAUCAACAAACACGAUUUCAAAGUCCCGUUUGUGUGUGGAGCACGAGAUUUGGGCGAGGCUUUGAGGAGAAUCUCAGAAGGUGCUGCCAUGAUCAGGACGAAAGGAGAAGCCGGAACUGGCGAUGUUUCACAGGCUGUAAAACAUGCACGGACAAUUGGCAAACAGAUAAAAAUCGCACAGGCUAUGGAUUCGACAGAAAUUUAUAAUUACGCCAAGGAACUCCGAGUUUCAGUGGAACUGCUCAAGAAAACAGCGGAACUGGGCAGACUUCCGGUCGUCAAUUUUGCUGCUGGAGGAUUAGCCACUCCUGCCGAUGUGUCACUGCUGAUGCAGCUGGGUGUGGAUGGGGUUUUUGUUGGGUCAGGAAUCUUCAAAAGCAGUAAUCCACCCGUGCGCGCGCAGGCUAUGGCGCAAGCAGUAACGCACUACAAAGAGCCCGCUCUUUUGGCAGAGAUCAGUUCCGGUCUAGGGGAAGCUAUGUUUGGGACCCCAGCUUCUGACUUAAAGAAGAGAUUGGCGGGUGUUCCUUCCGAAAAACAGGAAAUCUGGAAUGCUACUUUAGGCGUGAAAUGAGGCUGUCGAGGACAACACAACAACACAACAAAGGUCAUUUGUUCAUCAUUACAAUCUGAAGAGAUAGCAUACUAACAUUUGUGAAAUUAUCAAAGUGUGAAGAAAACGUAUCCUAUCUUGCAAAUAAAAACUGUAUCAAACUUACAAUGCUGCAAUGUAGAUCAGAAUAAAAUAAAGAAACAAA